GUCGCCACGGAGACGCGUGGCCCAGGGCGAGCACUCAGCUCCUGGAGCCCCCGGCUAGGCGGUAGCGGGUGGUGGGCUGCCCCUCGCGCAGGUGGCGGCCCCCUGGGGGGAUGGACCACUUCGGUGGGGCCGUGGCGUCCGGGUACCGCGAGGGCGCGGAGGACAGGGAGGAGGAGCUAGAGGGCUGCAAGGCAGGCACAAAAGGAUCCAAACUGCCUCCCAUCUGCAGCGCCUCAGAGCCCAACAAACGGAAGGUGAAGAAGAAAAAGAAGAAGAAAAAGACUGAGGGGUCGGGCAAGGGGGACGCAGAUAAACAGCAGAGCCGAAGCCUGAAGACUCAGCAGCUGUCUCCAUCUUUGCACGCAGUCUUAAACCCCAGCAAGCACGAUGGCCCGAGGCAAGAGCAUAGACAGGACAAAGAGCAAAGCAAGCUCACCCCUUCUUUCUUCCCUUCUGUAAGUCUCCCCUACUUGGCAGAAAUAGAAGAGACCCUUUCAAGCCAGAUCAAUGAGAGUCUGCGCUGGGAUGGAAUUCUCGCCGACCCAGAGGCAGAAAAAGAAAGGAUUCGCAUAUACAAGCAGAACCGGAGGAAGCGGUACCGGAUUUUGGCCCUCAAGAGCUUCCACUCGGACCCCUGUGCCCAGGAGACGCCGGAGAACCUGGCCUGGCUCUCAGAUCAAAACGGCGGCGGCAGGAGCGGGCAGCCCUCUGUCAAAGCUGGCUGCCCCAGUCCCUGCUUUGAAGGCAACUUUACUCCAAAGCUCCCACACCGUGAUUUAGCCACGGCUCUGCCAGAGUGAAAAUCCACCCCUGAUACCGACAAGCUUAUCUGUUAUCCUCACCACCAGCUUAUGUGUUGGAAAAGAAGAAGAAAAGGAAGCCAGACCGGCAUCUGAAGGAAGCAGACGUCCGCUGCGUGGGGGAGGCCGACCCCCCCCUUCUCCAGCUGCCCUCGCUGGCCCCGGGAUGCGGCAGUUUCUUAACAUAAGCAACUCAAUGAACAGAGUUCUCUUCAGAAUUCCUUUUUCUCAGAUAAGCUGGCAUCACUGUUACUUAAUUUCUUAUCACAGUUAGAUAUCCAUAACCACCCUCCCCCCACAAAAAGAAAGUGUGUAGAUUAUAUCAAUUCUAAAUCUUAAGUGAAUUUCACAGGUAAAACCCCACACACAGCAUGCUUCUGUGGGCUCAAAGAAAACACUCCAGAUAUCCUGGAGAUUUUUGUCUUUUAAUGAAAUAUACUCCCUGCCCUUAUGUGGUCUUCAAAAUAAGUGCGUUCCAGAACCUCAUUCCUGGGAGGUUAUGAGAAGUCUCAAAAGGAAUAUUUCUUCUCUUGGAAACAUGACCCUCCCCUAACCCCCCAAAAUGUCAUUUCAAGCAAAGUUUUGGAGCAUCAAAGAGGCCUUACU